UGUUGUUUUGGUUUGGGGCAGUUUGGGGAUAUUGGAUUGUUGUUUUUGUGUUGAUAAAAAUUUCAACGGAAUUUGAUACUGAUACUCAGUUCCUCAGGCUGACUUGAACUAACAUUAAUAUAAAAGUACUUACAAUAAGUUACCAUGGCUGAAUCAGAGCUAGCAGAUCUUAGAAAACAAUGCAUCACAAGCUUAUACGUUUGCACGGAUAAUGUUUGCAAAUAUUUAGACGACGAGAAAGAUGCUGAAUUCGAUAAGCUCAAAAGUUAUGUAGCUGAUUAUUCCACUAUGGAAGCACAGCAAAAGGUUGCUAUUGAUGCAUUGGAGAAAGCACGGCGCGAGACAGACUCCUCAAACAUGGACACUCUGGAAGAAAGGUUUCAAAACCAUUUGAGCACCCUUUCUGCCAAACGACUCAAUGUCAACCAACAUCCAUACAUGAUUGAAUACAACAACAGAGUAAAGAAAGGACUCCAGAAAGCUCAGGAAGACUUGAAUGAAUCAGAUUUGGCUAUCACUGAAUCUCAAGACCAAUAUAUUGAUCCCAUCACAAAGAAAGCCAUUGUAGACCCAGUUAAGAAUAAUGUGUGUGGUCAUAUCUAUGAGAAAGAUGCUAUUUUCAAGAUGAUUAAAAUGAAGGACAGGGUCAGAUGCCCAGUUGCUGGCUGCGGAAAUAAGGGUCCUAUUCUAGAAAAACAUCUGGUAUCAGAUGAAGAAUUGAAAUUCCGGCUGGCAGUGACACAACAUUCCACCAUGAUCCAAGAACGUAGCUAUGUUAACUUGGAUCAAACUAUGGAAUAGUGAUUUACUAUACCUACCCAGUGCCACCUACUUUUAUACCUGUUUUAAUGCAUCUGUGUCUUUUACGUUCCUGAAAAUGAUUUAAAUAUAAAUAAAUUGUUUAACUUUUAAAA